AUGCAGGAUUAUUUGCGCGAGAUUGAGGGUACAUUGGCGAGGAAGAAUGAAAGGAAGAGUACUUUGCUUUACAAAUUAGUCAAGGAUAAUGCUGAACAAGAGCGCCUUUUGCGGUUAGGGGUGCGUAGCCUCCCAACCAAUCCUCUUGACGCUACCGAUGUCAAAGUAGUGAAGUACGUGCUUUUUAAAUUGAAGCGGGAUAUUGCUGAUAAAAUUGCUAGAUUGCGUGAUCCACAACUACUUAGUAUUGAAACCCAUGGAGAAGUCGUCAUCCGAGCUAAAAAUGAUGAAAUUAACCAUCUUAUUGCUAAAAAAAAUCCUUGGGAAGGACGAUUAGCAGCACUUUCUGGGAAAAGCUAUAAGAUGGUAUCAUCUAAUAAACUAUACUUUGGUUGUGCAAAGGAGCUUCCAGAAGCCCAAGCUGAGAUGCGCAAGAGUGAAACCGAAAAUACAGACGACGUAUUGAAUGAGUCAGAGUCAGUGUCGUCCGAUUCGCAGUCUUCCGAAGAUUUGUCGUCUUAUUUCAACGACGUCUACUUUGAACAACUGGCCGCAAGUGACUCCGAGGAGUCUUUGUGUAGAAUUGAAAGGAACAAGGAGCUUAGUUUACGCCUCGAGGAUGAACACAACAGUGAAGGUGUGUCUUUGAAAAGGGAUCGUGAAGGCAACUCUGUGUAUGUUGUAGAUGUGAAUUUGCCCCCUGAAGACGAGUUUCGGCGUAGACUACUGGAUGCAAAAAGAGAAGUGCUACAAAAAAGACUAGAAGCUUUAAGAAAAUGA